AUGCUGCAAUCCCCGGGCCCCCGCUCUGUGAGCAUUAUUUUUGCUGGAAUUCUGGCUGCACAUCUUUGGAGUGCGGAAGAUGACACCGAGGAUCCCAUGGAGAUAGCCCUUCCCAGCACGAUGCUUGUGUUUAGCCUCUACUUCGGAGCACGUAUGUGCAUUUUCCGCCGUGAAUUGCCUUAUGCCGAUGAGCUGCUGGCCCUCCUGUGCUGUUUGCUGCAGAGCGUAUCCUUGGUGUUGCUCCAGCCGUUGCGGAUGCCGUGUGCCGAAGGCUGGCUGGAGCUUCCCACCACACAGAUUCUGUGUCUUUUGCUAGUGCUCCAAGUACCUUUGCGAGCCACCACCUGGCUGGUUUUGCUACUGGCUUCGAUGGUGGGGAUCUCGCUGAGUGGCGUUUGCGGUGGAUCCGCUUUGAGCCUCAUGGGUGUCGCGUCCCUUCUCUUGUAUGGAGAAGUACGUCGUGGGGAGAGGCUUCGCAGAGCAACUUUCUUGUGCCGGCACCAACGUCAGGAGCUGUCCGCGGACUGGAACGCCCAGAACGCCGAGGCGAAGAGCAACAUGGCCCUCGCCAGGGCGCUGCAAACUUUGGCGGGGCGUCGCUGCGACGUGGUCGUCAUCCUAGACGCAGACCUCAAAGUUUGGCGACCCACCCAAUUGCAGGAGAUCUUUUUUCAGCAGAACAUGGAACUGGUGCCGUUCACAGACAUUCUGCAGGAACAGGACCGGGGCCCCUUCCUGUCCAUGGUUCAGCGGGUGCGUGAGCACAAAGCAGGCGAGUCCUUGCCCUUGACACUGCCCUCUGGGUGCGCAACGACGAUCUUGGAGUAUGCCGGGUUUGAUGAUGAUCGAUUUGUGAUGUCCAUCCUGCUGCAUGACUACGGGGACCAGGUUUACCUCUGGGACGUUGCAGAGAAUAGGAAGUGCGGGUUGGGGCUCCCUGCCCGCAGCUGGGAGCCCACGGAUCAGAAGCGCCCCAGCUCUCAGCCUGAAAGCAUCUCGGAGGAGACGGCGUUUUGCGGCGAUUCCUUGUGCCUUAACUCAGAAGGUUUGGCCCAGAGCGCGAUCUUCCCCCAGAACGCGCUGAUGACUGGGUCUUGGCAAGGCACUCCCACCAAGACUCGUCACAUCUUGCGGAAUCAUGAUCACUCUGAGCGGAAAAGGAACCACGAGGAAUCGAAGACGUGUGACCUCUGCGCGACAAUCAAGCCGCCGUCACCUGCCCUGAGCCAGGCAUCUGCGGCGUCGACGCCGCAGAUGCCUGUGCCGGCGAAGUUUGCGCGGCACCUGAAGUCCUGGCGGACGUUGCAUCCAGGCUGGCGCUUCGAGUUCUGGGAUGACCAUCGAAGCCGGGAGCUGGUGGCCGAGAGGUUCCCGAGCCAUCUCCGGCAGUACGACCGCAUGUCCGGCAUCAAGCAAGCGGACAUCGCGCGGCUGGUGGCCCUCUUCGCUGUGGGGGGCGUCUACGCUGAUAUCGACGUGGAGGCCACCCGGUCCCUGGAGCCCUUGCUCUGGGCAGCGGAAGGUUCCGGCGCGCAGGUGGUGCUCGGCGAAGAGAACUUCGUCCACUCGGUGCUUCUGGAGCGCAAGACAGAUCCACUGGUGAGCAAUGCUGUGAUGAUGGGCGCGCCUGGGCAUCCCUUCUGGGAGGAAGUGCUGCAGGAGAUCUUCAGCAAGUCCUGGUGCGGCGAUGACCCGGUGCAGUGCACAGGGCCUCGUAUCGUGGACCGCGUGAGCUGGGAGCACCUGAGGCGCAACGUGGGCUGCCGGCAGAAGGGCUGCGUGCUGCGGCUGCCUUUCGACUUCUUCUCCCCCAACAUUGCGCUCUGGAACGCCGGCAACAUGGUGAAAGAGUGCCGGCCGCGGCGAGAGCGGUAUACAGGUUGGGGCGCCUCCCGGGACCCUGGGAAGGACCCCAGCGUCGGCGAGGCCUGCAGGAGCCUGGCCCGCGCUCUGGAGCGGCCCACCGCGCUGCAGACCAACCGCACCUUCGCCGUGCACCACUGGCAGUGCAGCUGGUGCAGAGAGGAUGAGGGCUUGAGGCUGGAUUCACUGUUGGCCAGCGGCUGCGAGUUGUUCGGCCUGGACGACGCUUGCCUGGACAUGGUGACCUUAGCUCCCUGCCACCGCCGCGCAGGGGUGCGGGUGGCCCAGCGCGGUCACAUCACCGGGGAUUCGCGAUGCGUUCUCCUGCAGCGCGCAAGCCUUCCAGGUCUGCUUCCUGAGCGAGUCGGAUUGCGGCCAUCCGCUGGACGCGGCGGCUUGCCGCCCGCCGUCGGAGUGGGCGCAGGGCGGCUGGGCGCCGGCCGGCAGCUUGGCCGCCGGUCUGGAGGCAGCGGAUGCUCUGGCCGAGGUGAUGCAGAAGAGGGCGCCGGUGACCGCCUAUGA